GUUCCUAAUAUGUCCGACCACCAUUAUUGUUGUUGCAGCUACAUCUAUAAAUUCUUAUUGUCGACCGGCGACCGGCUAGGUAUUUAUGAAUUGUUGUUAUUUGCCCCAUCUCACCCUAAUAAUGGGGCAAAUGAUACAAUUGUGUAAAAUCUUGCAAAAAAUGAGCAUAUCAGUGAUAAAAAUUUUGGUAAGAGUAUGCGUACUUAUAACUAGAAUGUAUCGGUAUUUCCCAGUCUUCAUUCAGGCUUUUACCGUUUUUUUAAAUCACUGUCUCUAAGGUGCAAGUUCUGUCUAUCUGUAUGCAAAAACCGUGCGUGAGUAACGAAGGCUAUCUUUUAUUAAAUAUCUGGGAACGUUACGCUGGAGUUUCCGGAGUAAAAAGUAUCUUAUUCCCAUGGCAGGGUACAAGCUAUUUACCAUGUGUCAGAUUUAAUCAAGAACGGUGCAGGGUAUCGAGCCAUAUGUCGGUGGGAGAUUUCAGGAGUAAGUAAAUGUCACUCCGGCCGCUGGCCAAGUGUCGUCCCGGCGCAUGCGCACCCGCGCCGCUGUCGGGAGGCUCAGCUCCGCAGCGGGAGGAGCGUGGGCGGGGCGGCGGCGCACGCGCAGCCGCGCAGUACACUCGCGAGCGCCGCGAGGGAAGCACGCGGCAGUGAGUAGUAGUAGUAGUGACAGUGGCAGCGAUGUUGCACGACGCGUGGCCGGCGCAGGCGCACUGGGCACACCGCUCCGAGAACUUCGAGCUGGACGCGUUCAUCAACGAAGUCAAUAACAACUGCACCAAAGAGGGCGCGGCGGAGAGCGGCGCGGAGAGCCCGCCCGCGUUCGGCUACGCCCCCGGCGGCCUGUCGCCGGCGCGCAGCUACCAGGAGCUGCGGCCCGCGCCGCGCGAGCCGCCGGCCUACCAGCUGGAGGAGGUGUUCAAGGGCGGCGGAUCCACGGACGGCUACCUGCGGCGCAGUGCUGAGCGCAGCCCUUCGCCCGCGCCUCGCGCCGACUACCGCGCGCACUACGACGCCUACGUGCCGCCGCCGCCCUACGCGCAGGAACACCACCACCUGGACGGGGGCGGCGGCGCCGUGUUCUCGCGCUGCGCCUACCACCCCGGCGCCGGCUCGCCCUACUUCGGCAACGUGGAGCUGGCGCAGCCGCAGAUGUGGGCCGGCGGCUCCAGCGCAGGCGGCUCGCCCAGCUACGUGUCGGCGGCGGGCGGCGCGCCCAGCGACGAGCUGGAGGGCAGCGAGGCGGGCGAGGCGCCGGGCGGCGGCGCGCUGCCGGCCUUCAGCGCGCGCUUCGGCGGGCCCUUCGGCGCGCGCCCCGCGCUCUACGCGCCCGCGCUGGCCGCCGGCCAGUACCAGGAUUUAUGGACUGUAGAAGGUGGAAGAAGGCAUCAGUUGACCGCAUCCACCAGCCUCUCAGCUCUGGAGACGGAGUUCUUCACGACGGGCCGCGAGUGCGUGAACUGCGGCGCCAUCCACACGCCGCUGUGGCGCCGCGACGGCACGGGCCACUACCUGUGCAACGCGUGCGGCCUGUACAACAAGAUGAACGGCAUGAACCGGCCGCUCAAGCAGCCGCGGCGGCUGGUACGUCAGCGCCACGCCGCGCUCGCCGCGCCCGCGCCCGACCAGAUGGGCGCCAAGCGGCCGGGCGUGCUGUGCAGCAACUGCCAGACGGGCACCACGUCGCUGUGGCGCCGCAACGCGCAGGGCGAGAACGUGUGCAACGCGUGCGGCCUGUACUUCAAGCUGCACGGCAUCAACCGCCCGCUCGCCAUGAAGAAGGAUUCCAUCCAGACGAGAAAGCGAAAACCCAAGGGCGCUACAAAUCUGAAGAAUAAAAUAAAUAACAUUAAGAACGAAUUGGACUCCGUGAAGGCAAACGCGACGGUGGUGCACUCCCCGCUCUCUUUCGGCUACUACGUGCAGCAGCAGCACCAGCAGCAACAGCAGCAGCAUCAGCAGCAACAACAGCAGCAACAGCAGCAGCAGCAGCAGCCGGUGGUGAAGCUGGAGGAGCCGCCGCCGGCGCACAGCCAGCCCUACUACGAGCAGUUCCGGCGCGCGGAGGCCGGCGAGCGCUUCGAGCGCGCCAGCGUGGUGUCGCUGGGCAGCUGAGCCCGCCCGGAGUCCGCUCGGCGCGCGGAGGACCAAAGAGUCGCUAGUGACCAAUAGCGGCGCGGUAUCGGCGGCGCAUGCGCAGACCGACCCCGAGACUGGCGGCGUCCGCGAGUGGCGCCCGACCGCGUUACCAAAUAUUUUUAUACCUACGUUUAAUGCUAUAAGACUGUGCCCCGGCAUUCCACGUGUCGCAUUCCUAUAUAGAUAUAUUACUUUAGUACACCGUAGCUUGUAAGUUGUGCCGACGGAGUUUGUCCCGACGGCGCUGGCACAGUCCGGGCGCGGUACGUCGGAUACCCGCCUGCGUGCUCAUAUUGUUAUAUUUUUAAACUCCAUGACUUCGAAACGCAUUCCACGAAUUUAUAGUUGUAAGACAUUACGGUAGACAUUUUCACAUAUGUUAUUGGAUAAAUUAGCGAUACGAAACUACCAGACGUUUUCGAACUGAAAACGGCCGUACGUGCGCUCAGUGCAGGUUCCGUAGAUGAAACGUUACGUCGAAGUUGGUGCAAUCGAUUUGUGGACGUGACCGUUCAGUUUCGAUCAAUAAUAUACCAGAUAUGUGUCGGUCGUUGAGAAGUGGCCGUGAAAAUUAGUUCACAUCUACAAAUUUGUAACUUACCUUUGAUUCGGAAAUAACUCUUAUAAAUUGGAAAAACAAUAAAGAUGGAACAUUUCUUACACAUUGUACCUACCACAGAAAAUACAUAGUUAUGUGUUAACAAAACUGGACACUUCUUCCAUUACAUUCAUAAGUGAGUGUUGCCUAUCUAGUACUUUAUUGGUCUUAGUAGCUAGAAGUAGUAUUUGCGACUACUGAAUGCUGAACAUUCGCAUGCAUUUGGAUGCUAUGGCAGGCAAAUCGCAAUCGCAAUACUGAUUUUAAUUUAUAAAUUCAAUUUCAUUUGUCAAUUGUAAAUUAAAAUGCAUUGUAUGAUAAAAUUAAAUUAAAUAAGUUAAACGAUACGAUAGAGUCCAGCCGAUAUUUAAUUUUAAAGUUUCCACUGGGAGCGCUGAUGUAGAAAUGUCGACGGACUUAAGUUAAGCUCAAUUUUAGGCUGACAUUACAUUGCGAUUGCGAGCGAGCGAACGAGUUUCAUACUGACAUAACCUGUGCUAGGGUUCAAGUACCAAGUGUGGCGACGUCAUGUUAGUUUACUCGGGUCCAGUUAGUUAGUUUACCAGCACAGAGUUGUUACACCGUGAAGCCUCUCGUCAAGAAGUAGUUCUAAAUGUUAUAUGUGAGCCGGCGGCGCUGAAACUUGAUCGACCCAUUCAACUAAUGUUUCGCCAAAAGCUGGUGCUUGAAGCAUUUCCAGCAACAAUGUAUAUUUUUCAAUAUAUUUGCUCAUAAAAUGACCUAUUUUACCGCUGCCAAUACUUUAAUGCAGAACUGCAGACUACAAAGUAAAAAUAUUUCCCGCCGUCGGUAAUAUACCACUUAUGUAGCACCCGGUGGGGAGAGCAAGUUUCGAGGGCUUUUACAUGCAAAUUUAUUGAAAAACAUCGAAUUAAACAUGUGUAGAUCGUUGCACGCCCGUGGGCGGCGGUGUUAGCUUCCAGUGCAAGCACGCGAUGUGGCGUCGUCCAGCAGCUCGUUGAACUGCGAGCGGCCGGAGAGACGCGCCUACACGACGGGUGCAAUUGCAACCUAUUGGUUCACGUGGAAAGAUUUUAAUCCUGCAUCGGGCAUCCUAGCGUGACCGCCACGAAAUAUAUUCGCGGGAUACUAGUUGAAAUAAAUUAUGAAAGAAACAGUUUUCUCGAUUCAAAGUCGACAAAAUGCUUGGCAUUAUGUUUUCGUGGUGGUCAUACUAAGCGAAUGGUCAUGCUUAACGACAAGCUAAGCCGAAUUAAGGAGUUCUCGCGCGUGUUAGCGCAACAGAGUUGCAUAAUAUACCAAGUAAAGUACAAUCCUACUCGAUAACAGUUGCGGUAACAUCGCGAGAAAGUCUCUCGUUCAGACUGUUAUCUUAUCUGCUAUCUAGAUUUUAUAUAUGCCAUAACGUCGGCUGUCGAAAUGUUUCGAUGUAAGCGACAGAGUCGGCCCGACUAGAACCAAAACGAAUACGUAUAGUUUAACCCAAAACAAAAAUUGCCCCGGUGUAAUGACAUGUAAUGUAAUGCCAUCUACAGAACAAUUUAAAAAAAUCUUAGCCAUGUCAAACAUGAUGAAUAUUCUUCUUUCCAUUCCAAAGAAGCGCAAAGCAUGUUUAACGGGGGGUAAGAUAAUAGUUCAAGUUCUGCGAAUCUCACUUGCAAAUAAUGUUAAAUUAUUUUAUAAAAUAUCAUAUAUUACAUAAUAUAAUCUAAAUAGGUACGUAUUGUUUAAUUAGCAUCGGAAUUAUUUUUUGGUUUGUGCUGUGCCUACUUACGGAAAGGUCAUAGCCGACCUAAAUUGGAGUCAAAAGUUGGCUUGUCUGUAGGGACUUUUAUGCAAAGAUCUGAUUAAUCUCAUACCUCUCUAUUUAAGUGUUAAGCCGAAUUAAGCUCAUAUGUACAAUGUUAUUGAUCGAAAGUUAAGUUAUUCUGUAAGGGUGGAAACAUAUUUUAGAAACGCGUCGCGUGCCGAUGACUAUGCCAUAUUUUUAACGUCGAUUUAUUGCUGUUACUUUCAUGUAUGUAUGGAGUCAUCGCUAGUCGCUGCCCUGAUCACUUAGUCGAAGUUGUAGGAAACAAUCCAACAGUUACAUCUCUUCAUGCCGUGUACUGUGACGGGCGGGCGGAGUGACCGGCGCACGUGUCGUGUGUGCGUGAAAGCAAUAAACACUAAGCGAAGCGCGUCGAACGCUCUAUGGCAGUAUCGCGUCGCGUUUCACAAAUUAUGUUUCCGCUUUAAGUGAUUGUAUUCGGAGGCGGAUAGAGAAAUAAAUAUAUUAUUUUAUAAUGUUAAAUAAUAAAUAUUAUAGUAGGCAAUAUCAAAAGAUGAUUUAUAGAGUGAAUAUUAUGUAAAGAAACCCGCGUCGUGUCGGGUUGAUAGAUGUUAUUUAUGUGCGGCUGCGGCUACUGCGGCUGCGGCUACUGCGGCUCGCAGCGCAUCGCAGCGAUGACAAUGAUAUGUUUAUGUAAAUAUAAUAUAAGAAAUGAAAGUACACCUUUAAUAAAUCACCAUAUUAUAAUUA